CUGUUUAACUAAGGACUUUCGAAGUCAGUUGCCCUGUAUCCUGGCAUACUGGUGCGCUCUUCACUGAAACCGCCCACGGCCGUGCUCCGCGCCUGCAUCACGAGUUUUGAACUGAAAGGGCCAUGGCGGAGAAACCCAAGCUGACAUAUGACUCCUACUUGAAGAUCACACCCCUACUGGAGUGCCAGGAGCCGAUAUCAGAGGCUCAUGAUGAACACCUGUUCAUCAUUGUCCAUCAAGCCUUCGAGCUAUGGUUCAAGCAGGUUCUUCAUGACGUCGAUUCUGUCAGGAUGCUCUUUUAUGACAAGGACUGGGAUAACAUCCCAUUACACAAAGCAAUCAACCGCCUGCAGAGAGUCGUGCUGGUGUUGAAGCUGGUUGUCGAGCAGUUCCAUAUCCUGGAGACGAUGCCGCCACUGAAUUUCGUUGACUUCAGGGACGAGCUGACCGGGGGGUCUGGGUUCCAGAGUCUUCAGUUUCGAAAGAUCGAGAAGCUUCUUGGAAUCAAAGACAAUAAGCGCGAAAAAUACGAAGAUCAAGACUAUCAAGACAAGAUGGACCCUAACGAUAAGAAGAUUCUCCUGGAAUACCCAGACAAGGAUGGUGGAGGCACUCUCCGAGAUGUUGUUGGGAUAUGGCUUUCUUCUACGCCGGGAAUAGAUGACAGCAAGUUUUGGGGCAAGUACCGUCAAAACAAGGAGGAACUGGACCCUCUGCUCGAUGAAUCGAAGUAUAAGACAGGUUCCUGGCAAAUGAGUCAACGGUCGCUUAAAGGAGCCCUUCUGAUCAUGCUGCACCAGGACAAACCUGAGUUCCAGAUGCCCUACCAGAUCAUCACACUGCUGAUGGACAUAGAUGUCGCCCUCAUGAAAUGGCGGAGCACCCACAUCCACAUGGUACACAGGAUGAUUGGACAGAAGCAGGGUACUGGCGGAACAAAAGGCACUUCCGGCUGUGACUACUUGAGAGCAACCUACAAUGAUAAUUACAAAGUGUUUCGGGAUCUCUUCAACAUGGCCACUUACUUGAGGCCCCGAGAGGAAAUCCCCAAAAUGACAGAUCCGACAGGAUGUUGAUGCUGUUGACCCAGUUUACAAGGACAAAGCUGGAUCAAGCUUGCUGUUGACCCAGUUUACAAGGACAAAGCUGGAUCAAGCUUGCUGUUGACCCAGUUUACAAGGACAAAGCUGGAUCAAGCUUGCUGUUGCUCAUACUCUCACCAAACGUUUAUUCCCGUUUUUCGUUUGCACAAAACCAAGUGUCCUUGUAACGGUGUAGCGUUAUUAGAAUACAUACGCUGUAUAGUUGAAUAAUGAUGAGGUGGUUGAGAAAAACCACAAAGAGAAACAAAACAAUUACUAAGUAUACAACACAAACCUGCACCGUUCAAAUUAUACAAGUAUUCAAAUUCCAAAGUGCAAAAAGAAAAAUUACUUAAAUCAAAUGUGUUCUGUUUUAGAUCAUUUGUACAAAAAGCCAUAAUAAGUGUAGGGAAACAAAACUCACAUUUGCCAUAACAACCCAUGAACCCUGAUCUAAACAUGUGAUCAGGAGCCAGGAUGUAGAUUUAUAAUAAAAGCUGCAAAAGUUUAGGUAACUGGCUGGGUUUGAACCCUGCACCUCAGUAUUACCAAAUGCUUAAAUUGUCGUCCAAUUGUCAUAUUCAUUAAACCAAGGACACCUGUGUAUUCAUUUUCAUAUUUUAAGAAUUAUAAUUAACUGAUACUUAUAAUAAUUUGAAACUUGAGCCUGAAUGACACACGUACACUUGUUUUUACCUGUGAAUCUGAUGUUAUAGUUCGUCAGUAAGUGAGAUACAGUCAAGUCAGGCUCAGGUUUUACUUUUGAUUAUUUUUGCAAAUUUAAGUACUGACGACAUAUAAAUGAACUACACUCAAGUGGGUUUUGUUGCAUGGUGCCUUGUAGCUUUUAAUCUGUAAUAAAAAUCGUAAUUUAAGA